AUGUAUAAGUGGCCUGCAAACAAGAACGACAACUUGGAUUUUGAAGAAGUCAAUAAGGAAAAACGAAAAGCAGCAUUCAAGGUAACUGUAUCAACCAAUUAUGUCAUAGAUAUUAUUGAUAAGUAUAGCUCACAUACAACGGCUGUUCGUGUACUGGCUUGGUUGUUUCAUUGGUAUCAUCAUUAUAAGAAGAAGUUCAACCGCAAUGUCUUUACAGAAGUCCUUACUCAUGAAGAAUUAGACCACGCCUUCCGAUUCAUCAUUUCAAAUAUACAAGCUCAGUACUUUGCUGAAGAUAUUUAUUUAUUGAAUCGAGGAUCUAUAACAAAAAGUUCAUUGAAAUACAUCAACCCAUUUAUUAAAGAUACCGGUGGGUAUAAGCUGAUAAAGAACUAUCAUGCUGGACCUAAGGCACUAGUGGCACUCAUUCGUUUAGAGUUUUGGAUUAUAAACGCCAGAGAGGUUGCUCGAAGAGUAGUCAGACAAUGUGUUCACUGCGUGCAUUAUAAGCCAAAACUAUUGCAACAGAUGAUGGGCAAUUUACCGGUAGAACGUCUCACACCGUCACGGCCGUUUGCGCGCUGUGGUAUAGAUUUUUGUGGACCAUUCAACACGUAUUUACGUAUAAGAGGGAAGCCUCCAUACAAAACUUAUAUCGCCAUUUUUAUUUGUAUGGCAACAAAAGCAGUACACAUCGAAGUUGUAUCAUGUUUGUCAACAGACGCGUUCAUUGCAGCAUUAAAAAGAAUGAUUGGCAGGAGAGGCUUACCAAGUGAUAUAUUUUGCGAUAACGCAACCAAUUUUGUUGGGGCUUCAAAUCAAUUGACAGAACUAAAGUCAUUCUUGUUUAAUAAAAUAAACCAAUCGUCUAUCAUUCAGUACUGCGCGUCUGAAUUCAUUAAUUUUCACUUUAUUCCGCCCAAAACACCUCAUUUUGGCGGUCUUUGGGAGGCUGCAGUUAAAUCCGCAAAAGGGCACUUAUAUAGAAGUUUGAUGACUACUAAGUUAACAUUUGAGGAGCUGUCAACAGUAACAACCGAGAUAGAAGCUAUUCUCAACUCUCGACCAUUGACACCACUUUCGCCGGAUCCUAGCGACUACGAAGCAUUGACUCCUGCCCAUUUUUUGAUUGGGUGCUCUCUAAAGGCGUUACCGGAGCGGACGGAAUUUGCUAAUACUAACAUGCUCGACAAGUGGUCCCUCAUCAUCGGUUUGAAACAAUCAUUUUGGAAGCGGUGGUCUCAUGAAUACAUAAAUGAGCUACAGAUGCGCACAAAAUGGACCUGUGAAAUACCAAAUAUCAUGCCCAAUGCAAUGGUGUUAAUUCAUGAAGACAAUGUGCCUCCACUACAUUGGCAACUCGGAAGAGUUCUGAAGGUCAUACCAGGCAAGGACGAGCAUGUCAGAGUAGUUGACGUACGUACCUCAAAGGGCAUCAUUCGCAGACCUAUCCACAAACUAGCCAUUUUACCUAUUGAAAGUCCUUUCAAGGAGGCCGGGAUGUUGGGUAACAACACAAAAUAA